CAAAAAGAAGAAAUACAGGUUCCCCCUGCAGCCUUACACAGCAUAGGAAUUUCCACCUUGUACAAAUCAGCUCCGCGACUGAAAGAAGUGAGAUAUAUAAAGCUGGAAAUGUCUGUGUGUUUUGUCAGAUGGUACCUUUCAGAAUUUAAUAGGAUUGUCCACCUUUUUGGAGAAACUUUUAAACAUCCUGGAAUAUGGUGGAAGCAGUGCUGGUAGAUCUGUUCAGCCUACCAGCCAACUUGCAGAACAACAUCCAAGGAUUACUACACAACACUCUGAAAGCUGUUGAGAAAUGCUCUGUCAUCCAUGCUCCGUGUGUUUAUGUCAUGUGUUGCCAGAGGCAGGGGAGUGAAAGGAAAGGUGAACAAGAGUUCUUGCUUGAAGCUCUGAGAGGUUUUCACAGUCUGAGGAGAAGACUGGAGGUGGUACGUGCUCAAACUACAGCUGCUGCUUUGUACACCAUCAAACAGAGACUGGAUGAAAAAGACCUGAGCAUCAUUAAAGUUAUUCUCCCUACCUUAAGAAAAGACUUAAUGAAAGUAUAUAUAGACCAUCUCUUUACAGCAGUCUACCAGUUUGAAUUUGAGGACUUACAGGUGAUAUCUGACAGUGAAAGCCUGCAGAUAGCUGAACAUCAGCAUGAAGGGCAAAUACUUCCUUCACAGGACGUGGCACUCAUCCAAAGUGAGAUUCAGACGUACUUGGAAAGCCUGCCAAGCCUGAAAGGGGAGCUCACCAUCCUCAGAUCUUCCCUGAUCCCAGAUGAUAUUUUCUUACAUGGGUUCACCACGAGGACGGGUGGGAUCUCCUACAUACCAACUCUAAGCUCCUGCAAUCUCUUCAGCAGCAGCAAGCGGAGGGACCCACAAGUCGUUGUUAAAGAAAAUCUCCGCCGGCUAGCUAAUGCUGCAGGAUUUAACCCAGAAGCUUUUCACAGAGUCAAGGUUGAUCACGCAAACGCUGUGUGUAUUAUGGGAAAGACAGAGCCUGACAACUAUGAUGGAAUAGUUACGGAUCAGAAGGGUGUCACGCUGGCAGCUCCAGGUGCUGACUGCAUACCCGUGCUGUUUGCUGAUCCUGUCAGAAGAGCCUGCGGUGCUGCUCAUUCUGGAUGGAAGGGCACAUUGUUAGGAGUGUCUAUGGCCACAGUCAAUGCUAUGGUAUCCGAAUAUGGUUGUAACGUGAAAGAUAUCCUUGUGGUGCUGGGCCCGUCUGUGGGACCUUGCUGCUAUAAACUUCCUCACGAAUCAGCAAAAGAAUUUCACAGAAUUGAUCCAAAGUGUGUGAGACUAUUUGACUCUGCAAGUCCUUAUAUUGAUAUCAGAAGAGCAACAAGGAUUCUUCUUGAGAGAGGUGGGGUUCUUCCUGAGAACAUCCAGGAUGAUUCUAUCGCAGACCAGAACCAAAACAUCACUUUCUGUACUGCAUGCCACCCUGAUAAAUUUUACUCUCACUUUCGUGAUGGCACUAACUUUGGGACACAGAUUGGUUUCAUAUCAAUCAAAGACUGAGACAGUAUCUCUUACUCUAGAACAGCAUUUAGAUAAUGAGUCUGCUGUAUUGUCUGGCAUCCUGCUCUCCUCAUAGAGAAUUUUCCUCCUUUCUUUCAGACUUGCAGCAGGGAAUCCAUGAGUCUUGAAAUUUUCCUGCUUAUUCCUUUCCUUGCCCUUCUGAAGCGAGAAUAAGUACUUGUGGUGUGGGGACAACAGAUUCUUGUGUGAUACAGGGUGCAAAGGAAAUAAGGACAACCCACAUCAGCAGCAAAAUCCUACAAAAUCCAGAUACAAGCUUCAAGUUUAUGGAUCCUCCUUGACCAAAUAUUUUCCAGAAACCUCACUAUCUUAACGUGGUGGAAGCCCAAAAAACACCAGUCUUCAUCGGCUUCUCAUUGAGACUGCUGAAUGAUGCUAAGUAUGACAUUGCUAACUCAGCAAGGGAAGCCAGUACUCCACGUUGCCUGUUUGGGACACCCAACUUUGAUAGUUUCAACCGAACGCUUACAAAAUUUUGUGCAUGGGAUUAAUUUUCUUCUUUGGAUUAGUUUAAUGAACUCCAAAAUAUUUAUAGACUUUUCCUAUGGAAAACAGCUUGAAAGUGAAAAGCAAGCAGGCUCCUUUGGGGCAGACAUUGAAAAUAUAUGAACUCUCACCAUCCUGUGAUUUUUGGUUGCAGGAAAAGUAGGACUAAAACCCUUAAUUUAUGAUGUGUAUUUUCAUGUCUCCUUAGGAUUUUUUUUUUCUUGAAACAGUGGUGCUUUGAUCAUGUCAUUAAACCAGUCUCAAG